AUUGAUCGACUGUUCUGUUCGAUGCGAUAAAAUCUACUUAGCCUCUGAACCAAGUCCAGAUAUAUUUCCAUUUAUCCAGCAAAUCCUCCGUUUGCUUGUUUCACCACCGCAGCAGAAAUUUUGUCAUUUUACCACUCUAUACUUCUGAACAUAUAGAAUGGGGAAUUUGUUAUGCUGUGCACAAGUUGAUCAAUCCACAGUUGCCAUCAAAGAGACAUUUGGUAAGUUUGAUGAUGUACUUGAGCCUGGAUGCCAUUUCCUUCCGUGGUGUCUUGGAAGUCAAAUUGCUGGAUAUUUAUCUCUUAGGUUGCAGCAACUGGAUGUGCGUUGUGAGACCAAAACCAAGGACAAUGUCUUUGUGACCGUAGUUGCAUCAAUACAAUAUCGUGCCCUGGCUGAUAAAGCCAGUGAUGCUUUCUACAGACUGAGCAAUACCAGGACCCAAAUCCAAGCCUAUGUUUUUGAUGUCAUCAGAGCAAGUGUUCCAAAGCUAAACCUGGAUGAUGCUUUUGAGCAGAAGAAUGAAAUUGCAAAAGCAGUAGAAGAUGAACUUGAAAAAGCUAUGUCUGCUUAUGGAUAUGAGAUAGUUCAGACACUUAUCGUUGAUAUUGAACCAGAUGAGCAUGUGAAACGUGCUAUGAAUGAAAUUAAUGCAGCUGCAAGAUUGAGAGUUGCAGCCAACGAGAAAGCAGAAGCUGAGAAGAUUAUUCAAAUCAAACGUGCUGAAGGUGAUGCAGAGUCCAAGUACUUGGCAGGAUUAGGUAUUGCUAGACAGCGGCAGGCAAUUGUGGAUGGUCUGAGAGACAGUGUUCUUGGGUUCUCAGUCAAUGUACCUGGUACUACUGCCAAGGAUGUUUUGGACAUGGUCCUCGUCACACAGUAUUUUGAUACGAUGAAGGAAAUUGGUGCAACAUCCAAAUCUUCUGCAGUAUUCAUUCCACAUGGACCUGGUGCUGUUCGUGAUGUUGCUGAGCAAAUUCGGAAUGGAUUACUUCAAGCUUCAGCUCACCAGCAACCAAACCUGCUGUAAUGAGCCUGGUUUUGAUGAUUGAUUUUCAGUGCGUCUGAUAAGCCAUUAUACAGUGAUUUUGUUGAGAAGUGUUUGUGUGUGUGUGUGUGUGUGUGUCUUGAGAUGAAACGUUAUAGAGCCUGUACUUUUAUGUUUCCCUAUCAACUUUGUACAUAAAUAAUGCUCUUUCCAAGUGUGUUUAAUACAUAAAAGAAGUAAGCAUGUCAUGGAAAAAAAGAAAUCUACUUGGCUUUUUCCAUGUAUGCUCAUUUUGAAGUUUCUUUAA